AUUUUUGGUUUGGGUCAUUGUGAGAAAAAGCUUUUGACGCACCCCGGCACUGGCACUCGCAGUGGUCUCGGCAAAGGGAACUUCUCCGGCGUAAGGUCUCCACAUUUCUGGACAAAAUUGAGGUGAUAUGGAGCAAAAAGAACCACCCAAGUCCCGUUCGAAAGUGGAGAUAGAGAUGGAGUUGGACAGAAUCAGCAACUUACCAAGUGAUGUUAUAGUUAAAAUUCUGUCAUGUUUGACUCUUAAGGAUGCAGUGAGGACAAGUGUUUUUUCGAGCAGGUGGAGGGACAAAUGGGCUAUGCUUUCAGGUCUUGUAUUUGAUGAGAAGUGUUUCUCAACUGAAAACUGUGCAAGCUUUGUGAACAUUGUUUAUCAUGUACUCUUAAGUCACAUUGUCCCAAUAGAGAAGUUUGUGCUUUCUCACACACAUCUUAUACCUACUAAAGAUAUUGAUCGAUGGGUUCUUCAUCUAUCAAGAAACUCUCUUAAAGUUUUCGAACUUCAUAUUCCUUAUUGGCCUAAAUACAAGAUGCCCAUAUGUUUCUUUUCUUAUCAAGAUAUGAUUGAGCUGAAGUUAUUUAACUGCUUGCUGAAAUCUCCAACCACAUUCAAAGGCUUCAGAACUUUGAAGAGAGUUAUUUUUCAGUAUGUUACCUUGGCCCAAGAUGUGUUGGAAAAUCUGAUUAUUCCUCUGCUGGAGAGUUUGGAAGUGAUAAACUGUGAUGGCUUUACACAUCUCAAGAUUGAUGCACCAAAUCUUCGAUUCCUUUCUUUUGUUGGUGGCUUGAAAGAUGUUAGUCUUCAGAAUACCUUAAAUCUUGCUGUUGUUCAAUUUUAUUUGACGGAACUUUAUGACGGACAAGAUCUUGUCAGUUCUUCCAAUUUGGCAAAAUUUUUCAUUGACCUGCCUCAUAUUCAGUGGCUCAAAAUUGAUGGUUUUGCUGUACAGUAUUUGGCUGUUGGUGACUUGCCUGGAAGGCUCCCCAAACCAUGUCCAGAACUAAAUUUUCUUUCUCUCCUCGUAUACUUUAAUGAUCUUGCGGAAAUUUUAACUUCUCUGUAUCUUCUGAGAAGCUCCCCUGUUCUGGAAGUACUACAUGUUACGGUUCACCAUGAAGAACAGGUCAUUGCUGUUGAUGAAGAGGCAAACUCUUGGUUGGAUAACCUAGAUGAUGACAUGAAUUGGUCAUUCCCCAAACUGCGACUUGUUCAAUUAACCGACUUUUCUGGUUGCAAAGCUGAACAAGAUUUCAUCAAAUUUUUGCUUCUAAAUUCACCCGUGCUUGAGACGAUGACUAUUAGGGCUUUUUCUGCCGAUGGUACUUCAGAAGUUUUAAAGAAGUUGCUCCAGUUAAGGCGUACCUCAAGUGCAGAGAUCAUAUACUUGGAUCCCUGAUUCAUCAAUGAGUCGGCAGCAACCACUAACUGGACUUCGUUGAAGAUAAUGUAGCAUAUGGGUAGAAUGUUAUUCCAACUUUCCUACUCUCUGAACAAAAUGGCUCCGGUCGGUAGUCUGGCUUGACUUGAAAAUCGGUCGAGGAAUGAAUCUCACGGUUUUAGUUUGAUCUCAGUAUAUUUUCAGUUGGUGACAUUAGUUUUGUGGAUACAGUUUCUAUUUAAAAAAGCGGUAAACUGGACUUUUGUCGGAAUUCUCCUCUUUUGCUAGCCCAAAUGGGAUUGGACUUUGCCGUUUUGGACAAAAUAUAAACCUUGAUGUGAACCACAGUACUAUCAGUACUCUAAGGCGUAGCUAC